CUUGAACCCGGAAGCAGUCGGCGGCGCUCGGAAGCAUCGGCGGGACGAGGGAUUCCGCGGGCUCCACUGCUGUAGAAUGGUCGGCGGCGGCGGGAAGCGCAGGCGUGGCGGGCAGGGGCAGCAGUGUGAAAAAACAGUUGACGUGAAGAAGAGUAAAUCCUGUGAAGCUGAUGUCUCCAGGGACCUUCGAAAAGAAGUGGAAAAUCAUUAUAAGCUUUCUCUGCCUGAAGAUUUCUAUCACUUCUGGAAAUUCUGUGAAGAACUUGAUCCUGAAAAGCCAGCUGAUUCACUUUUCGCAAGCCUUGGACUUCGAUUAGUGGGUCCUUAUGAUAUCCUUGCUGGAAAACAUAAAAUGAAAAAAAACCCAGCAAGCCUGAAUUUUAAUCUUCACUGGAGAUUCUACUAUGAUCCUCCUGAGUUCCAGACAAUUAUUAUUGGAGAUAAUAAAACUCAAUUCCACAUGGGGUAUUUCAGGGAUUCUCCUGAUGAACUUCCUGUGUAUGUUGGUACAAAUGAAGCAAAUAAAAACUGUAUAAUUGUUCAAAAUGGAGAUAAUGUGUUUGCUGCAGUCAGAUUAUUUUUGGGGAAAAAACUUAAAGAAGUAACAGAUAAAAAGAAAACUAGUCUCUUGCAAAACAUAGAAGAAAAACUCACAGAAGCAGCCAGAGAACUGGGAUAUUCACUGGAGCAGAGAACCAUGAAGAUGAAACGGAGAGAUAAGAAAGUUGUGACAAAGACCUUUCAUGGUGCAGGCUUGGUUGUUCCAGUAGAUAAAAAUGAUGUUGGGUACAGAGAGCUCCCUGAAACAGACGCCAACCUCAAGAGAAUUUGCAAGACAAUUGUUGAGGCACCGAGUGAUGAGGAGAGACUAAAAUCUUUCGCUCCCAUUCAGGAAAUGAUAACUUUUGUACAGUUUGCUAAUGAUGAAUGUGAUUAUGGCAUGGGGCUUGAGUUGGGAAUGGACCUCUUCUGUUAUGGUUCACACUAUUUUCAUAAAGUUGCUGGCCAGCUUUUACCUCUUGCAUAUAAUCUGUUGAAGAGGAAUCUCUUCGCAGAAAUUAUUGAAGAUCAUCUGGCAAACAGAAGUAAAGAGGACAUAGACCAACUUGCAGCAUGAGUGAGAGUUGGCUUUGGUAUACAGUAUUUUAAAGCAUUAGUAUUAAACUUGGGAUUUUUUUUUUUAAGGAAUACAGAAAAUAAAUUGAUGGAAACAUUUACUAAA